AUGGGGAAGACGAGCAAGUGGAUAAGGAAUUUCUUGACAGGAAAGAAAGAUAAGGAGAAAGAGAAGAAUAAUGCAAAUAAUCUGCACAUUUCUGCUGGAAAUGGCAAUCAGCAGCCUCCAACAACUCCUAAAUCGAUCCUGCCGACGACCCCGAAAGAGAAGAGACGGUGGAGUUUUCGCAGAUCAUCGGCCGCUGCUGUGCUGCGGCAGCAGGAAUCGAAUUCUGGAGACAGUAUUACUGCCACACCAUGUGCACAAGCAGCGGCAAUGGAAUUGGAUAGUGAUCCCAAAAGGCAUGCGUUGGCUGUGGCCAUGGCCACCGCAGCAGCUGCGGAUGCCGCCGUGGCAGCAGCCAAGGCGGCAGCCGCAAUGAUCCAGCUGACGACUGCUGCCUCUGGGAGAGCCUCUGCUGUUGAAGAGGCAGCUGCAAUCAAGAUUCAGUCUGUUUUUCGUGGGUACUUGGCAAGAAAAGCUUUGGAUGCGCUGAAAGGCUUAGUGAAGUUGCAGGCGUUGGUUAGAGGGCAUUUGGUAAGAAAACAGGCCACUGCUACACUUAGGUGUAUGCAGGCAUUGGUGACUGUCCAAGAAAGAGCUCGAGCCCAAAGAAUCCGAAUGGCUGAAGAAACGACACAAUUCAACAAUCAAAUGCAAUUCAAACAUAGAAAAUCAACACAAGAGAAUAGAUUUAGGCCCUCAAAUCAAGAUUUUGAAGAGAACAUCAAGAUAGUGGAAAUGGAUCUUGGAGACUCGAGGCCAAGCACAAAGGGCGGAAACAGCUAUUCAAACUAUGGACAAAUCGAGAAAAACGAGAACAGAAUUUCUAUGCACAACAGCGCAUACACAAAACCCGACCAUCAAAAGAUCUCACCAGCACCCUCAAACAUAACGGAUAUGAAUCCAAAAGCAUGUAGUGGCCAUUUCGACGAAUACUCAUUCAAUACAGCACAGAGUAGCCCUCAGUGUUACUCGGCCCUCUCCAAACCUGAUCCAUCAAGAAAUCCGUCUCCUCAUCCUCGAUCAGAAUACGCAGAAUCCCUUUACAAUGAAUAUCCAUUUUACCCGAGCUAUAUGGCCAAUACAGAGUCAUCAAGGGCUAAAGUGCGUUCGCAUAGUGCGCCCAAGCAACGCCCUGUUGAAUCCUUCGAGAGGCAACCAAGCAGGCGCAGACCAUCUCUUGAAGGAAGGAACGUCCCUCGGGCGGUCCGAAUGCAAAGAUCAACAUCUCAUGUUGGUUCGACUGCUCAGAAUUAUCAUUAUCCUUGGUCAGUCAAGCUUGAUAGAUCAGCAGUGUCUCUCAAGGACAGUGAGUGUGGAUCAACUAGCACUGUGCUUACUAACACCAAUAACUGCAGAUCCCUCGUUGGAAUUGAGGUUCAAGAAUAUUAA